GCCCUGCCUACUAGGGGCGCGUCUUCAAAAUGUCAGCAAGUGAGACUGAGGCUGUUUCUAGUCUUUCUGACUCUGAAUCAGUAAUCCUAAUGAAUAGAAGAGUAAUAGAUGAUAAGAAAGAGACUGAAGAAGUAAAAGAGUCGCCGGAAGAGUCAAAGAGUGCCUCUACUCCGUCUUUCGGCCUAAGAAAAGAGCUAACUCUCUUUAGUACUGUGACAUUCGUCAUUGGAAAAAUAAUAGGAUCAGGCAUAUUUAUCACUCCAUCUCGAGUCCUUCGCUAUUCCGGCUCAUUUGGACUAACACUGAUACUCUGGUCACUGGGUGGCUUAUUUGCAAUUUGUGGUGGACUAUGCUACGUUGAGUUGGGUAACAUGAUCAGGAACUCUGGGGCUGAAUAUGCUUACCUGAAGGAAUCAUAUAGUUUCAAAAAGAAAAGAAAGUCUUCGAUUGUGUUUGGGAAUCUCCUAGGUUUUCUCUUCUCCUGGUCCUAUUCGUUCUUUAUCAGGCCGUCAGCUACUGCAGUUAUAAUGCUGGCUUUUGGUAGGUAUUUUGCUCAAGCAAUGGCCGGAGGUGAUACUCCACCUGAUGUGGCUGUUAAAUUAUGCUCUAUUGCUGCCUUUAUUUUUAUUUCUUUGGUGAAUGCUUACAGUCUUAGAGCUACAGCAAUGCUCAUUAACAUCACGUCAGUUGCUAAAGUAUUGGCACUUAUAUUCAUCACAGGACUUGGAGUAUGGCAACUUAUUAAAGGAGAUCAUAGUCAUAAUUUGACGUCAUCUUUUGAAGAUACCAGUCCUUGUGUUGGUGAGAUUGUACUAGCCUUCUACUCAGUGUUGUUCUCCUAUGAAGGAUGGAAUGGGAUUGGUUAUACUGUAGAAGAAAACAAGAAUGUGAAGAGGAAUCUAUUACUUGGGAUAUUUCUUGGAGUCCCUUGUGUGACUGGCUGCUAUGUUCUCGUUAACAUUGCCUAUUUCGCUGGCUUGAGCAAAAAUCAAGUCCUCUCAUCACCUGCCACUGCACUUACGUUAGCUCAGUCUACAAUAGGUGAUGCUGGUCUUGUCCUGAUACCACUGAUGGUAGCAGUCUCAACCAUUGGAGCUGCCACUGGUGCAGUCUAUGCUGGCUCUAGGGUAAUGUAUACCACUGCCAGAGAUGGGAACCUCAUUGAAACACUAAGUUUGCUUCACAAUAAGUUCCAGACACCAGUCAUGGCACUAAUAGUACAGGGUCUAUUGACCUGUCUGCUGAUAGUAAUUGGUAGUAUUGGUCAUUUGAUUGAUGGCCUCACUACUCUCAUGUGGGUAUUCUAUGGACUGGUCUUUGUUGGAUUGUUAGUAAUGAGGUUCACUAGAAGACAAGAGACAAGACCUUUUAAAGUUUGGUUCCCAGUCCCAGUGAUGAUGAUAUUCAUUGCUGUAUUCCUCAUCUUUGUUCCUAUCAUUCUUGUCCCCAAUGAGAGACUCUAUUUCCUUCUCUCAUUGAUGCUGUUCUUUGCUGGUAUACCUGUGUAUCUCCUGUUGGUUUGGGAUAGGCUGAGACCUAAAGUCUUUAGCAAAAUAACCGACAAAUUAAACAAGGUCUUCAUGUUCCUCCUGGACUCAUCACUACCAGCUACUGCUCCUACAACUUCAACUGAAAUCAUUACUUACACAGCAAAGACUGAUGGUAAUGUCGACACUAACAAUGACAACUGAUUUCAUUCAUGUAUUUUUAUUUUUGCUGCCACCAAGUUAGCUACUUUUUUACUUAAAUCUGAAAAUAUUAUUUUUUUUGAAUUGUACUCUAAUAAUGGAAAAAAUUAUGUCUACAUGAA